AUGAAUGCACCUAGAAAUAAUCAAAUGAUUGCCCCAAAAAUUCAAAAGCAGUUGGUGAAUGCUUGUGCAGUUGAGACCACAAAUGUUAUUCUAGCUGAUCUUGGAGAUAGGUGGUUCACUUUACUACUUGAUGAGGCUCGUGACUGUUCAGUAAAAGAGCAAAUGGCAGUUGUUAUUAGAUAUGUGAACAAACAUGGAGAGGUGAUUGAACGAUUUAUAGCUAUAGUUCAUGUUGCAACAACUACAGCUGCUUGUUUGAAGGAGGCAAUCGACUCUUUAUUUGCUAAGUAUGGUUUGUCAGUGGCGAGAUUGAGGGGUCAAGGAUAUAAUGGUGCUUCAAAUAUGUCUGGAGAAUUUAAUGGCUUAAAGUCACUGAUAAUGAACGAAAAUCCGUAUGCAUUGUAUGUUCAUUGUUUUGCUCAUCAACUCCAGCUAGUGGUUGUAGCUGUUGCUCAAGCAAAUCAAUAUGUUUGUGAUUUCAUGUGGAUUGUUGGUUCGAUUGUGAACACAUCUGCAUCAUCUUGCAAAAGGGCCGACAAACUUCGACAACUUGAACAUGAUAGAAAAGUUAAACUUCUUGAAAGAGGAGAGAUUAGUUCUGGUAGAGGACUAAACCAAGAAACUAGUCUAGCUAGACCUGGAGAUACACGAUGGGGGUCUCAUCAUUCAACUUUAUGUCGUAUUGAACAAAUGUGGUCAUCUGUUAUAGAGGUUCUUCAAAAUUUGAUUGAUGAUGGUGAUCGUUCUUCUAAGGGUUUAAGUAGAACUUUGGUUGAAAGAAUGGAGAGGUAUGAAUUUGUGUUUAUUCUACUAUUGAUGAAACGUAUAUUGGCAAUCACAAAUCAUUUGUCAACCGUUCUACAAGAGAAAGAUCAAAAUAUUGUGAAUGCGAUGCAUUUGAUCAAUAAUGUGAAAUGCAAAUUGCAAAAGUUGAGAGAUUCUGGAUGA